AUGCGCGAGUACAAGGUGGUGGUGCUGGGCUCGGGCGGGGUGGGGAAGUCGGCGCUCACGGUGCAGUUCGUGACCGGCACCUUCAUCGAGAAGUACGACCCCACCAUCGAGGACUUCUACCGCAAGGAGAUCGAGGUGGACGCCUCCCCCUCCGUCCUGGAGAUCCUGGACACGGCGGGCACCGAGCAGUUCGCCUCCAUGCGGGACCUCUACAUCAAGAACGGGCAGGGCUUCAUCCUCGUCUACAGCCUGGUCAACCAGCAGAGCUUCCAGGACAUCCGACCCAUGCGCGACCAGAUCAUCCGCGUCAAGAGGUAUGAGAAGGUGCCAGUAAUUCUGGUUGGUAAUAAAGUGGACCUGGAAAGUGAGAGAGAAGUAUCAUCAAGUGAAGGCAGAGCCUUAGCUGAAGAAUGGGGCUGCCCCUUUAUGGAGACCUCUGCUAAAAGUAAAACAAUGGUGGAUGAGCUUUUUGCGGAAAUUGUUAGACAAAUGAACUUGCAUAAGCCCUCAAAAAAAAAAAAACCAAACAAAAAACCCCCAAAAACCCCGCAAAUUUGAAACUGACUUGGAAGUGCAUGUUAUGCAAUGUUAUCUACAGAGAUGUUAAAAUCUUACCUCACAGAUUGUUCAUCAACCAAGAAAAUGGCAUGAAGUACAAUAUGAACAGCCUAACAUGAAGUUCAUAGUAUAAAACAGAUGGGCUUUUAAUAUAGGAAAAAUUGCACAGUAAAUUUUUAACAAAAUAUUAAUGAAAAUAUCUCCCAGUCUUGUUUCUUCAUUACACUCUUAUAUUUUUGAAAACAUAGGCCAUAUGUAAGCUACCACACAACGUGGCGGGGGGGGAAGCAUAAGUGUUGUUUUUCAUUGUAUAGUUCUGAGGAAGUAGUUAUGCACUAUUUGUAUUUCCACUAAUGUGAAGAUAGUGGAGCUUGAAUCAAUGACAGUUGCACUUGACAGAGAUUUUUCAAAUUAUAGGGGUAGCAGAAAGGGAGGUAAGUGAGCCACGCAGCAGCUGCCUGGCCACCCUGCGGGAGUCAUUGGUCUUGGGUCACUGUUUCAUUUGUACCCUGAUAGGAUUACCGAUUAUAGUAUUUGAAAGUUUCUUAUAACAUGCCUUAAAAUAUUAUGAUUUGUUCCAAAGACCCACUUUUUCCUUUGGCUGUUCUUGUAGAGCUUUGUACUUUUCUACAAAGACAGCAUUUCUCCAGUUUUGUUGUUGUUGGUUUGUUGUUUUUUUUUUUAAAAAAAAAACAUUGCAACUUUUAUUCUUUUAAGCUAUGAUAGUGAGAGCAACUGUUUCCUCUUUCCCUUAAAAAUACACACAAAAACUAGUCAAAGCAGACAAACCAGAAUCGGAUCAAGAGUAUUAAACAUAAUGGCAUUGGGUUUGGUUUUGGUUUGUUUUGGUGUUUGGUUUUUGUUUUGUUUUGUUUUUUUCUCCCCUGUCCUGUCCUGUCUGUCCCCCCGCCUGCCCCUUCAGAGCAUCAAAAAAAUUUUGGUGACAUUUUCUGUUCUGGUUCUAGCCUCUCCCUAACCCCAGUGCUACAGUUGCCAUUACUUUUCUGUGGGAAAACUACUGGUAUUUGCUUUCCUGUAUAGAAUGUUGCCUAAAGAUGUCAGCCAUUUGGUUGGGGGGUUUUGUGCAUGUUUGUUUUUUUGUUUUGUUUUUUUUUUUUUACCAGUGUGCUGUCAAAGCACUGGUUAGGCUUUAAUUGUGAAACUCCGCAACAAAAGCAAAUGUUUGACAACUGCAGGAGGCUUUUAUCUGCAUUGUUGUGCAUCUGUUAAUUCUUGAUCAGGGUUUGAAGCAAGACUGAAGUGGGUUCUGGAAUCAGGCUUAACGCUGUUGAUUUGGAGUUUCCUAGGGGUGAAUUAAUGUAUUUAACAGUUAAUUGUUGAGCUCUAAUACAACUGGCAACUUAAAAUGGGGCAACAGUUUGUUUUGUAACAAUGUCAGUUGUUUAAACCUUGAUGUUUCAAAUAAAACAAGAAUUGUACAUAGAACUCAAUGCAAACUCAGCAGUUGUAUUUGGAGUUAAAUUAUUUUAACAAAUAAAUUUAUUUAAUGA